CCACUCGUUCUCUGUCGACGCUAUCGAAAUUUUGAUUUAUUUUACGAAAACUAAUCGAUUUUAUUGAAUAUUUCUGUAUUAAUAUCUGCAUUUUGCAUUUCUAUGCAAUACUUCAGUGAAUUUCAAACCAUUGGUACUUAUUUUUCUCCCUCCGCAGAUAAUGUCCGAUAAGGAAUUUUUCCGUGGAUUAAGAGAAGAAAUUAAGAACAGCACCACUAAGAUGCUAGAGCAAAAUGAACCUCCACCGGAGUUGAAACCGCUGGAAGAUGACAAAUGGCUCACCGGACCGGUGGCAACCGAUCCGGCUGAGGUCGAUCCGGGAUUUGAGUUUGUCAAGCUAGUUCCUACGCAGGUGGAACCGAAGGAAAAGGAGGAUUAUAAUCAGCAGCAGAAAAAGGAAGGAGGUGAGGAAGUGAAGGCAAAUCUGGCAGAUGAGGAAACGGUUCCGUUUGCUGCAGAGCGAGAGGCCGAGAUGAGUGUCGAAGAUUUGAAGAAGGAUAUUUUGAACAGACUGGAGACAGUCAAGGACAAGUUGAAAGCUAAGAAAAAGAUCUGCAACGAUCUGGAUGGAAUAAAGAACGACGCAGUGGUCAAUGGACACGCACUAGUCGUUGAGGCUGACGACGACUGCGAAAGCGUUGGAUCGAGUAGGAAUAGCUCAAAGGCGAAUGCCAAUGCGAAGAAGGCUGUCAAAACCGAUCCGCAAGCAAGAAAGAAGUAUGACGAAAAGGCUGCUGCCAUGAAGGAUAGGAUUAAGGAAAUUCAGAAUAAAAUUAAGAAUUUGAGCGUGGCUUCAGGUGGUUCUACACAGACUGCUGGUCCACCAGUGACGGCGAAGGAGCAAAAGAAGAAAAAAGAUCGAAACGCUGCUUUGAAGAAGGCAGACAGCGCAUCCACCCUGUUGAGCGCUUCCGAGUCGAAGCAGAACGGUAAAUUCAAACCGAAAAAGCAAACGGCUCCAGCAGUGGCUCCGGGACCGGUGCCACUGACGGUGCCCCCGCACUUGAUCAAGCCCGACAAUAUGCUGCUAUUGACAUUGCUCACGCUGGAUCCGAAGCAACGGGACGAUUAUCUGAUCAAGAUCGGUAAGGAGCGUGCCCUGUUGGCCCCCGUUCCCAGCAAGAAACAAAAAACAACCGGAGAUGGAACCGAUUCAGUCCAGGUGAACCCAAAGUUUGUCCCCUUUGCCAUCGAAUUGAAACGGGCUGCCUUGGUGCACUGCUACGGACCGCAGAUGAAGCAAGCCAAUGUGAGCGAUAUCAGCAGACCGUUUUUGACGAUUCAGAAUGCCGAGAAGAUCCAGGACACCAAGAAGGUUUGGGAAGCGCGUACAUUCGAGGACGAAGUAUCCUACCUGCUGAACAACGGCAAAACAACCGAGAAAAAGGACUACAAGCAGGAACUCACGCUGGAGAACGUGUCCAAAGCGGAGAAGAACGGCUACCUAACCGAGCAGAACAAGGCCGCCCUGGCAGUGCUGGUCGAACGGCUGGUCAAGGAAGGUGUCGGCUACCUGGUCGAGGGUGUAAUACGCAUCAACCAGAACAACAAUAUACAGGCCUUCGUAGACGAUAACACUCGACAGGCGAACGUCUUCAUCAACUCGAUUCUGCUGCGCAGGUGUGCCAUGGACGGUGACUACGUGAAAGUGUUCGUGAAGCACAGUGAUCCACAACCGGAAGGAGGGGAAACCAGUCCACCGAGAAAUCCGGAGAACAAGAAUGAAUCAACAGAAGAGAAUGGAGAGCGGGUGCAGAACAACAGAGGUUUUGUGGUUGAGAUCUUGGAGAAGCGGCACAGUCGAUUGUGUGUGGGAACGUUUAUGCCCUUCAAGGAUAAAGUGUCUCAGUACAUUAAGUUUGCUCCAAGGGACUACAGAAUCCCGUGCAUGAAAAUUUUCAAACAGAACUGGCCGGAAGCGAUCUUCAAGAAUGAAUUCAAGGAGGUCGAAUCGGUGAUCUACCAAGCGGAGAUCAUUGAAUGGCACAACGAUGUUCCGAUUGCGAAUAUUCUGAAGUCGAUAGGGAAAAGUGGCGAGCUGGAGGUGGAAAGCCAGGCAAUUCUGGUGGAGUACGAUUUGGACGUUACGCCGUACUCGGAAGAGAUAUUGAACAGUUUGCCUGGAUCGGAGUUUCAGAUUUCGGCCGAGGAAAUUGCCAAGCGCGAAGAUCUUCGUGACGAGUGCAUAUUCACGAUUGAUCCACUUACAGCCAGAGAUCUGGACGAUGCUCUGAGCUGCAAGAUACUGAAGAACGGCAACUACGAAAUUGGUGUACACAUAUCGGACGUUUCAUACUUCCUGCGGGAAGGAACGGACCUGGACGAACUGGUGAAACUGAGAGCCACCUCGAUCUACAUGGUAGAUAGCGUAUACCACAUGCUGCCCAAACCGUUGUGCUUCCUGUGCUCACUGCUGCCAGGCGAAGAUAAGCUAGCGUUUUCCGUUUUCUGGGAAAUUACUCCGGCCGCAAAGGUGCUGAAAACUCGAUUCGCCAAAACUGUUAUCAAUUCCUGUACGCAGCUCGCCUACGAGCAUGCUCAGAUUAUGCUGGAAAAUCCGAACGAUGACCUGAAGGAGGAAGACUUCCCACAAAUUCGACACGGUUACAGUCCAAACUACCUCAGCCGAAUCGUCAAUCAGUUGCAAACGAUCGCGGUUCAGCUCAGAGCACGUCGCAUGGAAAACGGUUGCUUGAAGAUCAACCAACCGAAACUGUCCUUCUCCUUGGAUCCCAACACGGGAAAACCCACGGAAUACUCCAUCUACGAACUGCGUACAGCGAACCAGAUGAUCGAAGACUUUAUGCUUCUCGCCAAUGCUUCAGUUGCAGAAUUCACGCAUUCAAAGUUUCCUAGCACUUCUAUUCUGCGCAGCCACUUCGCUCCGCAGGACCAUCAAAUGAAGAAUCUUACGAAAUUGAUGUCCAAGCAUGGUCACAGUUUGAGGACAGAUUCCUCCAAAGCAAUCGCCGAAUCCUUCGAAGCGAUAAUCGACUCAUGUCCCAAUCCAGACGCAGCUCGUGCUGUGCUGAACAUCAUGAUCGCCAAGCCGAUGACUCGGGCGCGCUACUUCUGCUCAGCAUUCGCCUCAGCGCCGGAGGAAUUCUUCCACUUUGCUCUGGCCAUUCCAAUGUACACACAUUUCACCAGUCCCAUCCGCCGGUACGCCGAUUGUCUGGCACACCGAGUUCUCGGUGCCGCCCUGGAAGUUGACGUAGCACCCGAACGAACACCAGAAGAACUCAGCAAACUGACCGGGAUAUGCAACGUUAAGAAGUACAACGCCAAGCUUGCCGGAGAGGCCAGUUCUAUGCUCUACUUCAAACACUACUUGCAACAGGUCAAAUUCAUUCACACGGAGGCUGCCGUUCUGGAUAUUGGUCCGCAACAAAUCGAACUGGUGCUAAUGGAGACUGGACACGCGAUCAAAGUUAGCUACAAGCAACUGUCCAAGUCGGCCGAUUUCAAAAUCACCGAAGAAGCCAAGCCCAUCCGUCAUUGUAUCCUAAUUCCGAAGGAAAAGAAGUUCCUUCCGACAUCGCUGAUGCUGUUCUCCAAGGUUCGCGUCACGGUCCAUCUGGUGAAGGAAACCCUCACGAUCCGCAGCAUCCUACCGUUGGUGGCUGGUGAGCAGACCGCGAACGUAACGGUCGCAAUGGAUGAUAGCCAUGCUAGUGCUGCUACUGAAGCCGUAGCGUCGGACGUGGAUUCCAACAAAACGACGCCAUCGACGGCGACGAGUGGAUGCUAGAAGAUUGCCGGUGGGGCUCUUCCUA